AUGCAGACUGCUUUUACAAACAUUUGUGAAAGACUGUGCAAUAAGUCCAUCCAUGACAUUUUCUUGCUACUAAACAUUACACAGUUAACUGUUAGUGGUAUUAUAACAAAGUGGAAGCAACUGAGAACAACAGCAAUUCAGCCACGAAGUGGUAGGUCACGUAAAAUGACAGAAUGGGGUCAGCGCACGCUUAAGCGCACAGUGUGCAGGGGUCACCAACUGUCUGCAGAGUCAAUAGCUAAAGACCUCCAAACUUAUUGUGACCUUCAGAUUAGCACAACAACAGUGCAUAGAGACAUUCAUGCAAUGGGUUUCCAUGGCUGAGCAGCUCCAUCCAAGCCUUACAUCCCCAAGUGCAAUGCAAACGUUGGAUGCAGUGGUGUAAAGCACGCUGCCACUGGACUCUAG